AUGCACGGGGAGACUGCUUCCGAGAACCUCCAUGGAUUCACGCAUCCCCCUUAUAUAACCAACUACCUCCCUCUCCAUCACCCAUCUACCACAGCCAUUGUCAGAUCUUCAAUCUUCACCAUGAUCUCCCAGGACAAUUCCAGUUCGGGCUCAGACAAGGGCUCCUCCAUGCAGUUCCAGGACUUCCUGCCGUUGAUGGCGAGGAAGCUCGGGGUGGAGGGGCUGAUUCAGGAGCUCUGCAAAGGGUUCCAGAUGCUCAUGGAACCCAGGACAGGCAAGAUCACCUUCCAGAGCCUGAAGCAGAAUGUGGCCAGGCUCGGGCUUGGAGAGCUCCACGAUGAUGAGCUCCUGGAGAUGGUGAGGGAAGGGGAUCUGGACGGGGAUGGGGCACUGGAUCAGAUGGAGUUCUGCAUUCUCAUGGUCAGACUGAGCCCUGAGCUGAUGGAAGAAGAGGCACACAGGGUGUUUCAAUAUUGA